AUGGCUAACGAAUAUGGACAUCUGUCCGUCAUCAUCUAUGCCACGUCAGCCAUCGCGUCCGCCACGUCGCCUCUCCGCCAGUUCAUCUGGUCGGCUGUGCGCCUUCAGCUUUUCCUCGCGUCGACCUGCCUUUCCGCCAUCUGCGCGCUUCCCCUUCUGCCCUUCCGCCUGCUCUCCGCCGCCCUCCGCGAGAACAAGAUGCGCGCAAGCCUAGCGGAGGCGCAGCAGCAGGGCGGGUAUUGGCGCGAGGCGGCGGCGGCGCUGCAGCAGCGCGCGAAGCGGGAGGAGGCGGCGAGGGAGGCGAGCGAGGCGGCGGCGCGCGAGGCGGCGGCGCGGCUGAGGAAGGCGCUGGCGCAGCGCGCGCAGCUCAAGGAGUGCCUCCAGCGCGCCGUGCGCGAGGUGCGCGAGAGGGGAGGGGGGAGAUGGAGGGGGCCGUGCCCCGCGGGGGAUGGCCUCUCCACACUCUCCCCUCCUUCACGCGCCCACCACCUCAUCCGUCUUCUCCAUCUCAUCUACUUUCCUUUGUGCAUUCGUCCCUCUCCCGCUGUGUGCGCCAUUGCUCCCUUCUCCCUCGUCUUUUCUUUUCAUGCAACGCCAAUCCAUUUCUCACGGUCGCCCCAACCGCCCCAACCGCCCCAACCACCCCACCGCGCCAUGCGCUGGGCACAUCAGCUGGGCGACGAGGCGGCGGCGCGGCACGAGGCAGAGAGGGGGCUGGCGAGGGAGCGGCAGCGCGGUGCGCGCCUGCAUGCUGACCUGCACGCCUCAACCUCGCGCUGCUCGCAGCUGCAGGCUGACCUGGCGGCUGCCAGCCUGGCACUCGGGCGGCUGAGGGAAGAGCUGGCGGCGGCCACUCAGCGGCUGACGGCGUGCCAGGUGGCAGCGGAGGAGGCAGCCGCCAUGGAGGAGAGGCGAGGGGGGGCGGGUGGGGGGGAGGCGGUGUGGGGUGGUGGGGGGGGUGAUGAGCAGGAGCCGAGCAGGGGCAGGGAGGGGAGAGGGCAGAGGGGAAGGCGUGGGCGUGGGGGGCAACUGGGGAGGACAACGAGGGCGGUUCAGGGGCGGGGAGAGGAGGGUGUUGGGAGUGAGUGGACUACCUCUGCCUCGUCUUCGUCUCACGCCACCACUGCCCCGCCACCCCCCUCGCGUCGCUGCUCCUCUUCUGCUCCCCCCUCAUCACUGCACCUGCAGCCCCACGCCCUCACCCUCCCCACGGAGCCGCUGCUGUGGCGGGCAGCCCUCAAGGCCACUGCAGCUGCGCUGCUGCUCACCACGCUGCUGGCGCUGCUCGCCUGCCCGCACCCGCACUGCUGCCCGCCCGCCCCCCUCACUCUGCUCGCCCUCACUGCCCUCGCUGCGCUGUUCGUCGCCCUCGCCCUCGCCCUCGCCAUGCCCCCCCGCCGCCCCUCUGCCUCGCCCGCCCUCACCCCCGCGUCCUACCGCGCUCGCAUGGUGGCAGCAGCAGCGGCGGCAGCGGUGCCUCUCCUCUGCGCCUGCUGGUUCGCCCUCGGCCUCCUCACACACUCGCUGCCCGCCUGGCCUGCUGUCUCUCGUGCGCUCUACUCGCACGCCCCCGCCUCGCUGGAACGCGCCAUCUCAAGUUUCUGGCCUAACCUGGGCGUGGCCGAUACCACCGAGCUUCAGGCCGCUGCUGACGCCACCUUCCUCCACGACCGCCGCGAGUACCUUAUCCGCAAAGCCGACCAUGAGGUUGCUGUACUCAACUACGAGUUUGUGACGUCGGAGCGUGCCACUCGCCUGGCGUUGAUUGCAGAGUACAACACCUCCAUGGCGACUUACGUCCCCAACAGCAUCGCCUGGGCCGCUGCCGACAACCGCGCCUGCACCAUCCUCCUCGGUGCCCUCCCUGACGCCCUCAUGCGCCGCUUCCAAGCUCGUGAAAUGCGAGCUCACCUCAUCUGGACCGAGCUCCAGUCUAUGUUCGAGCGCCGCGACAUCAGCUCCGUCGGCGUUCUCUUCCAGGAGUACUUCUCCAUCACCCUUGCCACCUGUGACGGUGCUGUCGACUACGUGGGGCGCAUGCAGGAGGUCGCUGAUCGCCUUGCCGCUCGACAGGCUGCCCUCUCCGAGCCCCUGCAGAUUCAUCGUCAGCUCUUCAACCUCACGCCGGACUACGAGUCCCGCCUGCACGCCUUCACCGAGGCUAACCCCUUGGCUGGCCUCACCGAGGUGACUCAGUGGAUCAUUGACACUGAAGUCAAGCUCCGCACCCCCAUUGUCAACCUCACCACCACUCCUUCCUCCUCCACCUCCCUCAAUGUCACGCAGCCGCGCAACCCGGGUGGUCGCAACGGCGGCGGAGGAGGUCGUGGAGGGGGCGGGGGUGGUGGUGGUGGUCGGGGUGGUGGCGGUGGUGGCCGUGGUGGCCGUGGCCGUGGUGGUGGUGGUCCUAGUGGUACCACUCCUGGAGGUCCCUCGGGUGCCGGUGGAGCUUGUCCCUGA